GGACAGUCGCUGACUCGGUUGCCAUGGUGCUUUGCUGCAGUUUCCCGGAUGUAGUAUUUGUCCCCGUUCAAUAUGGCGUCGGGAAAGUGAGACUUCGGCUAAUGUUACACAGUUUGCCCAAAGUUAGCCCGCGUCUGCUCUUUCAAACAGAGGAAAGUUCAUUUCCACAUCGAGGUGGCAGCAGAAAAGGUUUUCCUGGGAGUUUCGGGGUAGGUCUGGGUGUUUGUGGAGAGUCCAGAGAGAGAGCGAGCGAGAGCGUGAAGGGGGGAGGCGAGGUGCAGAGCCAACACUGGGCCAGCUAAAUAACCAGAUCUGCAGAGAAAACACAGCAGUGGGGCACUGCUUGUGAAAACCCUCGGCUCCACCUCUUAUCAGGUCUGAUGCUAGGCUGCAGCUGCCUCAGCCGCCAUCAUGUUCACCAAAAAGAAGAAGUCUCGUAUCCAGAUCUCCGCUCCAUCUAACUUCGAGCAUCGCGUACAUACUGACUUUGACGAGCAGGAGCAGAAGUUUGUCGGGUUGCCGCGACAAUGGCAGUCGCUCAUCGAAGACACAGCCAAAAGGCCCAAACCCUUCAUCGACGUGACUGUCAUCACCACUGUAGAGCCACGCAAGACAAUUGUACGUGGCAACAAGCUUGGAGUGGACGGUUCUCUGACAUGGCUGUUGGACGAGUUCGACACAAUGUCUGUGACUCGCUCCAACUCCCUGCGACGAGGCAGCCCUCCCAUCCAGCCUCGCAAGGACUCUAGCUCUUCAGGAGGAGGAGGAGGGCAGGAGAACGGAGAUCCUCACCACAGACACUACUCACACUCAGAUAGACAAGACAGAGACCGACCAAGACCAGACCACCAGAGUGGUGGUGACCCCCGCCAGGGUCAGCGUGCGGUCCGUCCUCCUCAGUGGGAGGAGGGAGUCCAGGGUCGGCCCCAGCAGCAGCCCCGGGGCCAAGAGCCCAGCAGGGCCCACAGGGACAGACCAGACUCUGGCCCUCCUCCUCCACCUCACAGAGACAGAGAGCCUCGGGACCGGGACCAGGACCAGGUGGCUCACAGGGAUCAACCCAGUGACCACAGGCCAAAGUCCAGCUACAUGGUGCGGGAUGGCAGCCCUCAGUCUCCCAGGGACAAGAGGCCUCUCUCUGGGCCCAACAUCCGCACCCCAAACCUGCCAGUAACAGAGGGGGUGAUGAAGACUGCCCAACAGACCACACGGCCGUUUAACACCUACCCGAGGACAGACAAUGAGGGCGGACGCAGCCCCACAGGACAGCCGGUUCGACUCCAUGAAUCACCUCAAAAUGGCCCCUCCAGCGGCUCCGCCCGAGGCUCCUCCAGCUCCAAGCCCCCUGUAAGCCACCCGCACCCUCAUCAUACUUCCCACCCCAGCCUGACCCCUGAGGCCACCCAGCACCCACACACCCCUCACCCCAACGUUCCAGCCCCGCGGCCCCCUGUGCCCUCUGGGCCCCCAGCUUCAGGUGCUCCACCCCAGGGCCGCUCACCGCAGAGAGAGCCUCAGAGGGUUUCCCAUGAGCAGUUCAGAGCGGCGCUACAGAUGGUGGUGGAUCCUGGCGAUCCGCGGACCUACCUGGACCACUACAUUAAGAUAGGGGAGGGGUCCACGGGGAUCGUGUGUAUUGCCACAGUGAAGACCACCGGGAAACUGGUCGCCGUGAAGAAGAUGGACCUGAGGAAGCAACAGCGCAGAGAACUCCUCUUCAACGAGGUGGUAAUCAUGCGGGACUAUCACCAUGAGAACGUGGUGGAGAUGUACAACAGCUACCUGGUGGGAGACGAGCUGUGGGUCGUCAUGGAGUUCCUGGAGGGAGGAGCUCUCACUGACAUCGUGACACACACUAGGAUGAACGAGGAGCAGAUUGCCACAGUGUGUCUGUCUGUCCUGAAGGCGUUGUCUGUCCUCCACACACAGGGUGUGAUCCACAGAGACAUCAAGAGUGACUCCAUCCUCCUCACUCAUGAUGGCCGGGUGAAGCUGUCAGACUUUGGUUUCUGUGCCCAGGUGUCUAAGGAAGUGCAAAGAAGGAAGUCUCUGGUUGGAACACCGUACUGGAUGGCACCAGAGCUCAUAUCCAGACUGCCUUAUGGACCAGAGGUGGAUAUCUGGUCUCUGGGUAUCAUGGUCAUAGAGAUGGUGGAUGGGGAGCCGCCGUACUUCAACGAGCCACCCCUCAAAGCAAUGAAAAUGAUUCGAGACAACCUGCCUCCAAAACUGAAGAACCUGCACAAGGUCUCCCCUCUGCUCAAGGGCUUCCUGGACAGGAUGUUGGUGCGAGACCCGGCACAGAGGGCCUCGGCCAGCGAGCUUCUCAAACACCCCUUCCUGACGAAGGCGGGUCCGCCGUCCUGCAUCGUCCCUCUGAUGAGGCAGAACAGGAUGAGAUGAGACAUGUGACACUAAGACCUCCAGACUGUGGAGGGCAGCGUGUGCAGGUUCAGAUGGAACAGAAUACUCGUGCACACAGAGCAGCGGCCUGCAGAGGUCAGAAGUUACAGAUGAGAGGUCUGUUCUUCGCGCAAAACUCAGAAAGUGCUGUGAGCUGCAAAGUGUAAACUGGGUGUGCAGGAGUAUUCUAUUUUUCGUAUGUGAAUCACUGAACUGUGGGGACUGACUUCCCUUAAUAAGAGGCAAUAAGGCGGUGUGUGUGAGAGUGCGUGUAUGUGUGUAAACAUAUGUUGCCAACACUGUUAAUGACAGUGAAUCAUGGCUCAUACAUGUGUGUGAGCUCUCACUUUGAGCAAGAAGAGCAGAGAAGCCACAACUUGCCUGUUGAGUGAUUUUAGCCAAUUUCAUGUAAACAUUUAGUUUUAAUGGCCUGACCUGGAAAGAUUGACGACUGUGGCUGUUUUUUAUUUUUUCCAUUUGGACCUUACCUGGAUUUUAAGUGUGAAGGUGGGGUUUUGCACAUCAAUCGGAUGCUUUGAAGGAGCCGUGAGCCCACUGGCUGAUUUUAGAGACAGAGGGAGCGACAUUUUAAUCUCACUAUUUGACGGUCUGGAAUUUUCUCACUACAAAGACUUCUCUCACGGACGGAUCCCAGACUCGGACACUAUCCUCGUCACACCCAGAACUUACUACUGAGGGAGGAAAUCUUUUGACUCAGAAAUGAGUCAGAUGGACUUUAUUUUGUAGCCAUAUAAAUACUAGCUUCCUGUUGUAAACAAGCAAACAUACACUAAGUCAAAAGGUAAACACUGGAGUUGUGUUUUUUUAACAGAUGAAUUUUUCUCUUAUUUCCUCUUUAUUUUCCUGUGUAAGUACAAUGAACAUAGAGAGAUAUAUCAAUUUUGAUGUUUUACUAUCUCUAUUUUGUGAUUGUUUUAUUGUUAUGAUUUGUUUCCUGGUUUAUUUUAGAGAGAGAUGUGAUGAUUUUUGAAGCACUGUCGACGAGAGAUAGAAGCUGCACUCCCGGUUGUUUGCAGCAUGCAGAUAAUAGACAAUAGACAUUUUAUUUUGAUUUCUUUUGUGUGUUUUUUUUUUUUUAGACCAGACCAGAUAGGACUUUUUGACUAUAAACCUCAGUGGUCGAGAUCUCACUCGGACGAGCAACAAAGGUUUUACAGAAACAUGAAAAGCAGAGAGAAAAAGAGGACAAGAACGCACCCCCAUGAAACUGAAUGAGUAUAAAAUCCUGACAAAAUAGAUAAAAAUCAUACACCUGUUUUAGCAUUUUUUAUAACUUUGCUUUUAGGAGAGUAGGCUUUUCCAAACCCUCUUUUUUUUUUACCUUAAUUAACAAUUUCAGCUGAUAGAGGCAACUCACUUCACUAAUGGUUCUGAGGUAGAAAAUGAGAGUGCGCUGCUUUUUAGGCAGUCAGCGAGUUGUUUUUACUCUGUGGUGCAUGUCAGCUUCCUUAUAACGUCAUCACUCUCCUUCAACAAAUACACAGUGGCUGCUGUUUUCAGUAAAUGGCCUGCUGCUGAUGCGGAGGAGUGCUCAUCCUGUUCUCAUACUACACUGGUUGUCCGAUUGAAUCGAUUAAUGUUUGAUUGCCUAGUUAAUGCAUCUGGCUCCUGAAUCCACCUCAUAGUGUGAGAGGUGGAAAGGAGCAAACAGUGGGGUUUUAUCAUCCGGCGAGUUCAUUAUUUAUAAAUGAUAAAGGGAAACUCUUACACUACCCAGCACGACACACAGAAAGGAGUGUUACAGAUCAGCAAGAAAAGAUUAGAUUUCUAUCGCUCAUGAAUGGUGUUGCUCAUGCUCCUAAUGUGUGUGUGAAGAUACGAGAUCUGUUAUUGUAGCGUUUGCAUUUGUGUUCUGUGAAAGUGGACCAUUAGGCAGAUGACAGAACGAUAACAGAAGUACUUAAAGGGCAGGAAACACUUUCAUGAAAAUCCCCCCCUGAGCAUUAGUGAGUAACAGCUGCUAAUAAUGUACACACACCGCAUGUGUGUACAUUAUUAUAACAUGAACUAAAAUAAUUACCAGACCUGUGUCGAGUUGUUCUGGAUGGCACUGAGAGAGCGCAGUCCUCCAUCAGAUGCUGAUCAGACAAACAUACUCUUAAGAUAUGACAAAAGGUCCUCAGUUAAUUUCAUGACUAAUAGCAAAAACUCCGAAAUGAUCACCAACAAAGUGAAUAAAACCCGUCCAACCUGUUUCGGAGGUUCUGUUGACAGACAUCGGCUGUCAUGGUGGAGUUAAAACCUGUUGUAACUUGUUGGGAGGUUUUUUUUUCCACAUCAGGACAUUCAGAAUCAGUCACUGCAAAUCACUCUAAAUUCACUUUCAAAUACUCAACUGAUUGUCCCCUGCACCAAACAUGACUCAAAGACCGCCUCAGCAGGCUAAAUGAAACCAUGGAGAGUGAAUUAGUUUGUUCCCAGGUCUUGUUAUUAUACACCCACUUCUGCCCUGAUGUUCUUCAUUAUCAGCAGACAUCUGCAGUUUCACACUGUACCUCGUAGCAAUGAACAAUGAUUUAUACAGAAGAUGAAAUUAAUCAUAAGGCCGUUGCUUUGCUAUAAUUCAUCCCUCUCAAAGUAAUGCAACACAGAUGCACAUAAACACAGCCUGCAGACACAUUCCCCUCUCUGUGCCAAGGCUGCUGUUUCCAUUCCUUCUAUGUCUUCCAGUUUAGCUGCUGCAGAGAGCCUCCUCUCCUCAGACCAGACGUCAGUCGAGUGGCCUUUUUUACGACGAAUCUGCACCCAGAAUACUUCCCACUGAUCUGGUGCUCCUUGAAAAUAACGCAUACAAACAUUUACUCGCACUUUUCGAUGCUGUCUCUCCGUCAGAAAUACUCGCUUUCUGUCUCCACAAAAAAAGUCAUCUAAAUAAAGAGAGGGGUUGGAUAUUUUUUGGAUGGCGUAGCAGUCGCUGUUCUUGUGCACAGAACAUUGUCAUGUACUUAUCUACGUACAUAUACUGUGUGUGUGUGUGUGUGUGUGUAUAUAUGUAUGUCUGCCAUACAGACUAUACUGCAGCUGUAGGUGUUUUGAGCCGCUGCACGCUGAACGUAGGUUAAUCGUAAACUUUGUCCCUGCCACUUUUUUUCUUCGAAAACAUUCACUCAGAAGAAAUUUCUGGUUGGCGUUUUGUACUUUGUUUCCUUGGCAUCAGACAGUAAAUUUUCCGCUGUUUCAGUUUCUGGAUCAGAUUUGUGGUCAAACGUGUGACAAGCCGAUUCUGACUCACAGAUUAUGAAAUGGGUUGUGAUGUUUGUAGCCUUUUGCUUCUAAUCCGAUACACGAUGGCUGAGCUGAAUGAGAUGAAGAAUUACAAUCAGGUGGAGUUGAGGUAAUUCAGUUUAGGCUGUGACAUUUUAAGAUAAGACACUUUGAAUAUUCCUGUUUUCUGUUUUGUCAUAAUCUCAAAUUUGAAUAUUUAUCCCACUUGAAUCUUUUAAAUCCUGUUUAAGACUGCACAUGUUGAUUCAUCACUUACUGUGUUUUAAAUGAUUAUAAACAGUUGUUGCGGAUUGACAACAAAUAGACUUUAUAAUGGAGGUGAGAACCUGCCUCCUGCUAAAUGCUGGUAAAUUGUAUCUGGUGUGUUUCCUGCUGUACUUUUUAAGAGGCCCUAGGCGGCUGGUGAAAAUGAUGGCUAAUAUGGGAUUUAUAGAUUUGACAGAGUAUUUGGGUGACUAUUAGGAGCGAAAAAAAAAAACUAUAAGAAAGAAAAAAACUUAUUUUAUAUUAUAUAUUUUGAGGAAAAGGUCAUAACAGAAUAUAGUAGGUUGCUUCAAGAGCAAAAUGUCAUGCUUAGAUUAGGUUAAUUGGACUACACACACGUUUUAGCAUUUCCUGCAGUUACUAUCUUUUGCUUCCUGUCCCUGCUGUGCUCCAGCCGCUGCUUCAAAACAAGUCCAGUUAUUGACUCAAACAUCAUGUAACCUAACUGUUUUCAUUUCCAUUUCAGUAUGCUAAAACCUGUGAUAGUAUGUACUUUUGAAAUUUCAGAUUAUCAAAUGUACCUGUUUGACACACAAAAGACACAGACUGCUCUUAGCCUUUUACUACAAGGGAGUAUUAAAAUCUCGUAAUAUUAGGUCCUGUUUUCUGAAAAUAUUAUGUCUUUUUCUCGCACAGUGGCCCUUAUACUACGUUAUAUGUAAGUCCUUCCUGUCUCUUGUCCUACCUGCUGUUGGUCCAGGUGUAAACAAACUCUCUCUCUGUGGUAUUACAGACUUUGCUGUUCCUGUUUUGCCUCAUCCCACAUUUGAUCAGUUUUCCUUUGAUUCUCAAUGUGAAAAUCCCAAAUCUGUUGGUGGACUGAUGUUGCUUAUUAGGUAGACUGUAACUACAUUUCUAUGAACCAGAUUCUACUGCUGUGUCUACGUGUGUGUUUGUAUGCAUAUGUGUGCAUGUUCAUGAGUUCAUGCCUUAACAUUUACAAUCACUACUUGACGGAUUAUGACUCAGACUUGACACUACGACUGUUAGAGAAGGCGAAGGGAGACCUCCAUGACGCUUUACUCUUCUCAUCUCACAUAUCUGAAAUGUCGUUUUUAUGCCAAGUUGUGUUUCUUGGUGUUUGCAUCUUUUUGGCCGAUGCGUUAAAAGUGACAGCUCUCAUUAACAUUCCUGACACUUUUGAAAUUGCUGAGACUGCUUCAGAUUGGGCAUUUUUCAGGGUAGUUUUUAUUUGAAAUGUGGUAACGUCGGCGCUCUUCUCACCUCGAUUGCAAUUUGCAAGGAGACGAGGUUCAGUCCAAAGCGAUUUUUUUUCAAGAAGCAGGACUGCUGGGAUUCUUGUUUUUCAGUAUCUCCUUGCUUAACACCACAGAGCUUCCAAAAGUUUUCUGUUUCUUCACUCGCAGCAAAUGAGCAGCUCCAGUGCUGCUCUUCAGGGUUCAGUGCCUUGCUCAGCGUCUAUGGGGAUCGUCCUGUUUAGUGAGUAGUCUUGCUUCUUGGAAAAACUCCUGCAGGACUUCCACAGUGAACGCGUGGUGACUAAGGCUCAUUUCUGGUGGCACCAGAAUCCAUGACCACUACUGACCAAACAGCCUACUCCAUAAAAUAUGUGACAAAAAAACCCCAAAUGAAUUCUUUCUUUAAUGGACUGCUUCUCACUGACUCGCCUCUCGUGUAAAAGCUGAUUUAUUGAUCUGUUGCAGUAUUGACAUGUUUUGUCAAACAUUGGAUUCCAACAGCAGUUCCUGCACCAUCUUGUUUUUGUAAACUUCACUGGUAUUGUAAAAACAUAGACUUCACUUUGCAAAUUUUACUUUUUUUUGCAAAUACAGAUUUUGUAAAAGUUA